CAUCUGGUGAACAUAGCGAUACAUCCAGGUCUCCUGCUGCCUAGCCUGUGUGUAUUGAAUAGGAGUUGGAAAGGGCUGGAGUUUUUUGCCUUGAGUCAUUGAGCAGCGCGGGGCUGUGUGAUCAGGACAUUCAGAUACAUGUAACCCUGUAAGAAUGCCAUUUCAGGAUUACGUCGAGCGAGGGAGAGAGAGGCAACUGCAUUUCCACUGGCCACCAGCCUUCCCCUUGCCCCGUCCUCUCUGCUGAUGGCUGUGAAUUGAAAAGGUAAUUUAAUCCAGAUUCGGACUGGACACUCAGAGGGAGAGAGAGGGAGAAAAAUGUUUGAAAACGUCACAUCUACCGAUGAUCACGUUUACGGAUCUUCAAUUAUCCCUUACCACGAAGAUAGGUGGCGUGCGUUUCUGGGGCCGCACUUCAGGGACUCUCUUUAUAGAAAAAUGUCAUUCCAACAAGCGGAACACGUCAGUUCGUCCACAGGUUGUGUUUCCUGGUGUGAGAGACAACGGAGCGAUCAGUUCUAACCUGCACAGCAGGAAUAACGGUCCUUCCUCAAGUCUUUAAAGGUUUCUUUUUUCCCCCUUUCCGUUUAAACAAAAAUCUCGCCUUGAUCUUCAUGUUCCUUCAUCUGCACGCUGUCGACCUCCCAACAGUCUUACCAAACAACAGAGCCAGGACAGAGCAGGACCGUAAAGCGUCGUGAAAAGAGCCGGGGAGGGGGGGACGAGCCGAUGCCGAGUCCUGGAAUCUGAUCAGACUCUUAUCAAUGAAGCAGCAGAUCAUGGCGGAUGGCCCCAGGUGUAAGAGGCGAAAACAAGCCAACCCCAGGAGGAAAAACGUUUUGAACUAUGAGAAUGUAGUGGAUACGGGUUCAGAAACAGAUGACGAAGACAAGCUUCACAUUGCAGAAGAUGACAGUAUUAUUAAUGCCCUGGACAGAGAUUCCAGUCCAGUGACUAUGCCCAACCACGAUUCUUCCCCACAUGGAAACCAAGUACUGUUGCCAAGGGAGGACGAGGAAAGUGAAAAGAGGGACUGUGGCACAGAACGCACCUGGCAUAGCAGGGAGACACUACCAGUCUCAAUAGAUAGUACUGAGGAAAUGAAGGAAGAGUAUGACACUAUGGGGCCUGAACCCACACUUCAGCCGAGUAGAGGUAAAGGUACAGGAAAGACUGUAGAUUGCACAUCAGAUUUUGAAGAGUAUUUUGCCAAACGGAAGCUCGAAGAAGGAGACAGCCAUGCGGUUAGCAUUGCGGAAUAUUUGCAGCGGAGUGACACAGCCAUUAUCUAUCCAGAAGCGCCUGAAGAACUGUCUCGGCAUGGAACACCAGAAACUAAUGGGCAAGAGGACAAUGACCUGCCACCUGGAACUCCAGAUGCUUUUGCCCAACUGCUGACCUGUCCAUACUGCGACCGGGGCUACAAGCGUUUGACAUCACUGAAGGAGCACAUUAAAUAUCGACAUGAAAAGAAUGAAGACAACUUUGCCUGCCCACUCUGCAACUAUACAUUUGCCUACCGCACCCAGCUUGAACGACAUAUGGCCACGCACAAGCCAGGGAGAGAUCAGCACCACAUGCUGACCCAUGGUGCUGGUAAUCGCAAGUUCAAAUGCACAGAGUGUGGCAAGGCCUUUAAGUACAAACACCAUCUGAAGGAACACCUGCGAAUUCAUAGUGGUGAAAAGCCAUAUGAGUGUCCAAACUGCAAGAAACGAUUUUCUCACUCCGGUUCCUACAGUUCUCACAUCAGUAGCAAGAAGUGCAUUGGCCUGAUUUCAGUCAAUGGCAGGAUGCGAACUAGCUUAAAACCGGGCUCUUCUCCGACUUCAGCUUCUUCCUCUCCUACAAAUUCAGCAAUUACACAACUGAGGCAUAAACUGGAGAACGGCAAGCCUCUUGGUAUUCCUGAGCAGCCAGGACUACUUAAAAUUAAGACAGAGCCACUAGAUUUCAAUGACUACAAAGCCAUAAUGACUUCCCACGGGUUUGGUAAUUUCCCAAAUGGUGGAGUAGGAGUUGGCAGCCCACUGUCAAUCAACACCUCAGUUGUAAGUCCAAUGCAGCACUUAGGAGUAGGGAUAGAACCACAAAUACUAAGCUUUUCCAAUGUAGCAAACAGUAACUUAAGUGAAGUCCAAAAGGUCCUCAAAAUUGUUGACAAUACAGUGUGUAGGCAAAAAAUGGACUGCAAAUCUGAAGAGAUUUCAAGACUUAAAGGUUACCACGUGAAAGAGCCAGCCUCUCAAGCUUCCUUGGCUGAGGAACAAGGAGUUACCUCCCCUGUUAUGCCAUCUGUUGGUCUUCCAGUUGUCAGCCAUAAUGGUGCCACUAAAAGUAUUAUUGACUACACACUAGAAAAGGUGAAUGAAGCCAAAGCUUGUCUUCAGAGCUUGAACACGGACUCACAAAGGCAAAUGAGCAAUUUGAAAAAGGACAGGCUGCGUAACAUGAGCUGUUCUGCAUUAGAUCUUGGUAUGGAGGAAAAGACAUUUGACAAUAAUAACACAUCUCCUUACUCCUGCCAGUUUUGCAGGGAGGCUUUCCCUGGUCCCAUUCCCUUACAUCAGCAUGAACGCUACAUGUGCAAGAUGAAUGAAGAAAUCAAGGCUGUACUUCAACCAAGUGAAGUUGUAAUUACCAAUAAAACAGGAGCGUCAGGUGAAAAGCAAGCUUAUAUGUUAUCCUCCCUUCUUUCAGAAAAAGGUAUCCCCAGCCCUAUAAAUGCAUAUAAGGACCACAUGUCUGUAUUGAAAGCUUACUAUGCCAUGAAUAUGGAGCCAAAUUCUGAAGAACUACUGAAAAUUUCCAUUGCUGUUGGCCUCCCUCAGGAUUUUGUAAAAGAAUGGUUUGAGCAAAGGAAGGUCUGCCAGUUCCCUAAUUCCAGGUCACCGCCACUGGAUCGGACCAGUGCUGAGUUGGCAUCGGUUGCCACUGACAUGUUCAUAAAUAAAGACUGUCUGUCAGCUAGGCACACAACAACAGCAUUAAAGCCGAUGGACUCGAUAACGUCACCAUCAAUAGCAGAACUACAUAACAGUGUUACUAAUUGUGAUGCACCUCUCAGGCUUAUUAAAUCUUCUCAGUUUAACAGUAUUAAAUCAAUUGGUGAUAAGAUGGACCACUCAAGGAGCAAUACUCCUUCCCCUUUGAAUCUUUCCUCUACUUCCUCUAAGAACUCCCAUAGUAGUUCAUACACUCCAAACAGCUUUUCUUCAGAAGAGCCUCAGGCUGAGCCUCUGGACUUGUCUUUGCCAAAACAAAAGAAUGAACAUAAAAGUGUGGUCACAGGAAAAGUAAGAAAUAAAACCAAUAGUAUUAUUGUUGACCAUAACAGUAUUUCCUAUCCAUCAGGGAACCCAGAUGAGCCCUUAAACUUGACCUUCCUGAAGAAGGAAUUGCCUAAUACUAACAACACCCUAGAGAAAAGCACUAAGCCAGUAUUCAGUAUAAAUCCAUUUAGUGCCAAACCGUUGUACACAACACUUCCACCACAAAAUGCAUUUCCCCCAGCUGCUUUUCUGCCCUCAGUCCAGUCUAGUGUUCCAGGUCUGCGACCAUAUCCAGGGCUAGAUCAAAUGGGCUUCCUCCCACACAUGGCCUACACAUAUGGAACAGGUGCAGCUGCUUUUGCAGAAUUGCAACAGAGAAGAAAGUACCAGCGGAAGCAAACGUUCCAGGGGGAAUUGCUUGAUGGAACUACAGAUUACAUGUCAGGCUUGGAUGACAUGACAGAUUCAGAUUCCUGUCUGUCCCGAAAGAAGAUCAAGAAGACAGAAAGUGGCAUGUAUGCAUGUGACUUGUGUGACAAAACAUUCCAGAAAAGCAGUUCCCUUCUGCGACAUAAAUAUGAGCACACAGGAAAGCGUCCACAUCAAUGUCAAAUUUGUAAGAAGGCAUUUAAACACAAGCAUCAUCUUAUUGAACAUUCACGACUGCACUCUGGUGAGAAACCGUAUCAGUGUGACAAGUGCGGCAAACGCUUUUCACACUCAGGGUCCUAUUCACAGCACAUGAACCACAGAUAUUCCUAUUGCAAACGGGAGGCAGAGGAACGGGAAGCAGCUGAAAGAGAGGCUCGCCAGAAGGGUCACUUAGAACCUGCAGAGCUAUUGAUGAGUCGGCCCUACUUACAGAGCAUUACUCCUCAGGGCUACUCGGACUCUGAGGAGCGAGAAAGCAUGACAAGAGAAGUAGAAAGUGAACGAGAACAGGAAAAAGAAGGAGAAGAGGAUGAAGAAAAAUUAGUAAGGCAAGAAGGGGAAGAGGAAUUUGAUGAAGAGGAAGAAGAAGAGAGUGAAAAUAAAAGUAUGGAUACAGAUCAGGACACAAUAAGAGACGAAGAGGAAAAUGGUGACCACUCAAUGGACGAUAGCUCAGUUGACGAGAAAACAGAAACCAAAUCUGAACAUGAAGACAUUGUGGAAGAUGGCAUGUAAUAACUACUGCAUUUUAGCUUCCUACUUCUUCCAGUAGUAUUGUUACUUGCUUGAAACACUGCUGUGUUAAGCUGUACAUGCACGUGCCUGAUGCUUCCUGGAAGCCUGAGUGUUGGACAGAUGGGGCAGUCUGUCAGAUGCAAAAAAAGGAAAAAAAGAAAAAAAAAACGGCAGUGUUAGAAGGAAUUAGUCAAGUUUGGGUUGUGAAGAGUUGCAUUAUGCAAAAAAAAAUGUUCAGUGUUAGGACCUAAAAAAAUGUGUGGUUCCAGCAGCCUAAAAUUACCCUUCUGUUAAUAGUUUCUUAUUUAGCACAAAAUAGUGGAGUAUAUUGCAUUACAUGCCACUUGUAUUACUACACAAAUUUCUAAAAAGAAAUGUAUUGUCUAUGUUUCUACCUAUGUAUAUUAUCACACAACAGUAACUUGAAAAUGUAAUGCCUGUGCUUCUACCCAUACCUGUAUAAGUAAACAACAGUAUUUUAGUGGAUUGUUUGUAGUUUGACCCAGUCAUUAGGCCUGUUUCAGCAACCACACAAUAUUUUAGGUUCCCAAGAAUUUUUUG